AAAAAGUAAAUAAAUAAAUAAAUAGAAAUCAAAAUAACCAAAAUUAGAAUGAUUCAUUUUUAAAUACUAUCUACAUUAUACAUACAAUUAUCAAAACUAUUAACUUAUAAACAAAUAUGGUGAUUUCUUUUUAUCUUGUUUCUAGGCCUAUUUUUGAUGUAUAUAAGGGGUGGGAGGGAGAAAAAAAAAAAGCUGGGGUGAAGGCAAACCUUAAUUAUUUUAGUUUAAGAUAUGUUUGUCCUCUAUGGAAGAUUGUGUAAGGUACAUUGAUGAGUGGAAUGUAUGUCGAUGAGGAUGGUGAUGCUUAUAUUGGAAAAGCAGUUCAUUACGGUGUAGACUUGGUGUUGGUUUCCGCCUUUUUAGCCGGUCUCAAAAGAAGUACAGGCUUAACGGUUGAUUUUGAUGCCUUUGAUAAUAAUUCAAAUUUAAAAUAUUAUUCCGGUAAAUAUUUAGAUGUGGGUGAAAAAGUAUUUGAUUUUAGUGCUGCUUUCUUAAGUAGUUCUGAUUAUUUCAAACGUAAGUAAGUAAAUCAAGUCAAAUUAAACUCAAGUCAAGUCAAAUAUUGUUGGUUUUAUGUCUUGCUUGCUUGAUUGAAAGUUGGUAAGGGAGCCCGUUAAUUUUUUUUCUUUAUUGGUUGUUAUACAUGUUGUGCUGCUCCCCAAAAACCUCAAUAAAAGGGGUUAUAUAUUCUUUACAUUUAUUCUUGAUUAUUUAUUGUGUAUAUAUUGUUUAAUCAAACCUUUUGAAUGUAUAAAUUAUGUUAAUUAUUAUUAU